AUGACUUCGUUGGAUCAAGAAGUUCACGAGAAAUGGAUGAGGAAUGCUCUGGAACUUGCUAACGAAGCCUACAAAGAUGGAGAGGUUCCAGUGGGUUGCGUGUUUGUUCACUCGGGUCAGGUCGUCGGCCGAGGUAAAAACAGAACCAACGCAACAAAAAACGCCACAAAACACGCCGAAGUAGUAGCGAUCGACGAGGUGCGUGAUUGGUGCCGAAAAAUGAACAAACCAUUUGAAGAAGUUUUUAAAGACAGCUCCUGCUACGUAACUGUUGAGCCUUGCAUCAUGUGUGCGGCCGCUCUGAGAAUCAUAAAGUGUACGAAGAUUUACUUCGGAUGUCGGAACGAACGAUUCGGAGGUUGUGGUUCGGUGCUCAGCACCGCUACCGACGAUCUGCCAUCUCUGGGAGAUAGUUUAACGAUCCAUGAAGGAUUCCUUGGGGAAGAAGCCGUCAGCUUACUGAAAUUAUUCUAUAAAGGUGAAAAUCCUAAUGCUCCUAACCCAAAAAAGAAAGAAAAUCGAUCAUGA